AUGAAUGUGAAGAUUAUUUCUUGGAAUGUUAGAGGGUUGAAUGAGCAGGAUAAAAGGCUUCGGGUCAGAAAUUUGAUUAGGAGUUGGAGGCCAGAUAUUGUAUGUCUUCAAGAAACUAAAAUGGAAUUGAUAACCAAAGUUGUGAUUCGAAGUCUGUGGGGUGGCCAACAUGUUGAUUGGUCAUAUUUAGGUUCUUGUGGAGCUUUUGGAGGGGUGUUACUAAUGUGGGACACACGGGUUGUGGACAAAGUGGAGGAAGCAGUGGGACGUUUUUCAGUUUCUUGUAAGUUUAAAAGUGUGGUAGAUCAGUUUGUAUGGGCAUUUACUGGAGUUUAUGGUCCUAAUCUAGCGGGUGACAGAAGGUUUUUAUGGGAGGAAUUAUCUGGGUUGAGCAGUUGGUGGAAUGUGCCAUGGUGUGUGGGAGGUGAUUUUAAUGUGGUAAGAUUCCCUUCCGAACGUGCUGGUGCUACUGCGUUUACUGCUGCUAUGCCUGAGUUUUCUGAGUUUAUUUCAGAGCAAGGUCUGAUUGAUAUCCCGUUGGAAGGGGGAACUUUUACUUGGUCUAAUUCUCGUGAAGUUGCAUCGAAGGCUAGGCUGGACAGAUUCUUAUUCUCUCCAGAUUGGGAGGAUAAGUUCCCUACUGUUUGCCAGUGA